UGUCAAUUGGGUAGGAAGGCCAAAAAGCAAAAACGCGCGUAUAAAUCCGUCCCUCUCUUUUUUUUUUCUUUUGUCUACAACACUAAUUAAGUUUUUUAUAUUAAAAUGAGUCGUGGUGCAGGUUACGAUCGUCACAUUACAAUUUUCUCACCCGAGGGUAGAUUAUAUCAAGUUGAGUAUGCUUUCAAGGCCAUUUCAAACAGUGGUAUUACUUCUGUUGGUGUUCGUGGACGUGAUGGUUGUGUUGUUGUAACUCAACGCAAGGUUCCUGACAAGUUAUUGGAUCCUUCAACUAUUACUCACGUUUUCAAGUUGACACCCAAGAUUGGUUGUGUCAUGACCGGCAUGAUUGCGGACGCUCGUUCUCAAGUGACUAGAGCUCGUCAAGAAGCAGCUGAAUAUCGUUACAAGUAUGGUUAUGAGAUUCCUACGGAUAUGCUUGCUAAGCGUAUUGCCACGAUCAACCAAGUUUAUACACAACAAGCUGCUAUGAGACCCUAUGGUGUUUCCAUGAUUUUGAUUGGUCAUGAUGAUGAGUUAGGACCUCAAUUAUACAAGUGUGAUCCUGCUGGAUACUAUGUUGGUUAUAAAGCCACUUCAGCUGGUGCCAAACAACAAGAAUCAUUGAAUUAUUUGGAAAAGAAGUUGAAGAAGAAUCCCGAAUUGAACAUGGAAGAUACCAUUGAGCUUGCCAUCACAACUUUAUCUACCGUUUUAGCUGUUGAUUUUAAGGCUGGUGAAAUCGAAAUUGGUAUUGUUUCCAAGGAAGAUACGGAUUUCCGUACAUUAUCUACCGAAGAGAUUGAAGAUCAUUUACAAAGAAUUGUUGAAAAGGAUUAAAUUAAAAUAAUAAAAAAGUGUAAAGGAAAAAAAAAAUGGCUGUUUUAGCUUUACCAAUCAUCACCGAGGGAUUCUAACCCAAACAAAAGAUGACGAAAGCAAAUUUUUGACAAC